UCAACGAGUUCCUUUCCUUCAGCAUGGAAACGUGCAAAUGUUAUUCCUUUACCAAAAACCUCCAAUCCUUCUUCCUUGUCUCAAUACAGACCUAUCUCCAUACUACCCUAUCUCUCCAAAGUCCUAGAACACAUCGUCCACAAGCAGCUCUCCUUCUUCCUAUCCAGUAACAAAUUGCUCUCUCCCUUCCAAUCCGGAUUUCGCCCUGGCCAUAGCACUGUCACUGCUCUGCUAAAAGUCACAGACGAUCUGCGGCUAGCUAUGGAGGAAAAAUGUGUUUCCAUUCUGGUCCUUCUUGACUUUAGUAGUGCUUUUAACUCAGUUGAUUUUGAUAUCUUCCUUUCCAUCCUUCGUUCCCUAAACGUUUCCUCCGCAGCGGUAGAAUGGUUCGAUUCAUAUCUUCGGGGACGUUCGCAGCGGGUUCGCUCUGAUGAGGUUACCUCAGACUGGUGUGAUCUCGAUGCGGGGGUCCCACAAGGUGGCGUUCUCUCUCCUCUUUUAUUCUCAAUUUUUAUUAACACAAUCAUGUUUAAUGGUACUCCGAUUGAUUAUACGAACACAGUGACAAACCUUGGUAUAAUUAUAGAUAAUAAUUUAUCUUGGAACGCUCAGGUCAAUGAUGUCAGCAAAAAGGUGUAUCAUUCACUGCACAAGCUUAAGACCCUCCAAAAUUUCUUGCCCUUGAAUACAAAAAUCCUUCUAGUUCAAACCCUUAUUUUCCCUAUCCUUGAUUACGCGGACUCCUGCUACUUGGACGUUACUGAAGAGCUGUUAUAUAGACUGGAACGGUUGCAGAAUCUCUGCAUCCGUUUCGUAUUUGGGCUAAAAAAGUACGACCAUGUAUCAGCUUUUCGAUCGAAAUUAAAGUGGCUCCCGAUCCGGCUCCGGCGAAAUUCCCAUAUCCUGUCUCUCCUUUACAAAAUCCUUUACAAUCCUAUAUCUCCCUCCUACCUUAUAGAUCGCUUCAAUUUUGCUCGAUCUCUUGACAUCCCGUGCAGGUCCAACGUGAGGACGAAUCUUUCCCUCCCCUCCCAUCGCUCCAAUUUCUUCUCCUAUUCCUUUACUGUUCAUGCAGUUAGAUUAUGGAAUUCCCUUCCCCACACCAUUCGUGACAGCCCUUCCUUCGCUGUCUUUAAAAAGCGACUAAAAGAGCACUACCUCAGCACUCAGCAAUGA